CACGGCGGAAGUGGGCAUUCGCCGAGAGCAGCAACGUCAUAUAGACACAACUAUAUGUAAUAAUUAAAAAAACAUAGCGCGUUCGCAUUAUUGAAUUAGGAUAACAAUGUUCAAAAAUAAUUGAAAUUAUGAGUGCUAACGGUUUAUUUGGUUAAUUUUUGGUUAAAAGCGAGAAGUGUCAUAUGUUUGACUGAAGUGGAUUGUUUAUAAUGUCAUAGUGUGUGUGAUGGUCUGGGAGAAGUGAAGUUAUAAAGUUUGAAAAAAUAUAUUUUUCUUCAAUGUGGAAUAAAUUUGGAAAAAACAAGCAAACGGAUACAUCUAUUAUCUAUUUGAAAACUAUUAUAAUGUGGAUAUUCGGUUAUAUGGAAUCAUAGUUAAAUGUGAGCGUCGUUUACUAUACAUAUCGACAUAUGUAUAUAGUGUCGAGUAAAAAUUUCAAGAUUCAUUCUUCAAGAUUGCGAAUUAAAUUAAUCAGUAUUAGAAUGUCAUGAAAAACUUUCAAAUGUGGAAUUAAGAAACUCUCUAAAACAACAAAUGUUUGAAAAAAGGAAAAAUCUCCAAUUUCUAAAUAAAAACUAACACAAAACACAAAAUAAUUUUUGAAAAAACACUUCAAGCAGUUACAAUUCUGUUAUACACUCCUGAGUGCUAAAAAAUAAAUGUAAAAUAAUUACAAAGACUAAUGAAGACAAUCGCGAUUUUAGUGACUUACAAAUAAUAAUACUAUUAUUCAGCGACAAAUUAAGUUAUCCGCGUUUCCAAUAAACACGCACACCAACUCAUCAAACGCCGCUAAAAAAAGGAACAAAAAAAUCUUAGUAACCCAUAAUAUCGUCCUUAGCACAGCUUCUUAACUAGCCAGCCGGCGAAGCAUAGCAACUCAUGCUUAUCAAGCGAACAACAACCCACAAGCAACGAGUCAGGCUGUCAACCAGCAUUGUCUAACUAUCAGCUGCUCAUCAGCAUAUCAGUCGUGGCGGAAGCUUACGACAGAGCAGUUCUAACAAAUCUGUCCAAAAGCAAAGUAAUCGAUCAGCAGCGCGGUCAACAGUGAGACGUAAAAACUGUAACAGAAGUUAAACAAAAACACAAAAAAAAACGAAACCACAAACAACAAUUUGCGUUUCGAAGCCAAUCAGUCGCUCGGCAUGUCUGUCAAAUCGUCCGCCUUCGUAGCGUACGCAGCCACACACACACAGCACUGCAAGCGUGCGCGCUAGUACAACAAUCCAACAACCAACCACCACCACAACUCAGCCUCCAAUUGUGCCGAGGCAACAACAACAAGCACAAGUGCAGAUAGGCGUGCUCACUCGCACCCACGGCAUUUAGGGCUGACAUACUCGGCCGCUGUGCAUGCGUGCGCGCUCGCUGUGUGUGUGUGAGAGAGAGUAUAGGCGCUGCUUGGCAGCUCGUUUGACAGCCUUAACAGUUCAAUCUGCAGUGUGACUGCCUAUGACUGUCGCUCAACGUUGCUGAAGUCGUCAUCGUUAGCCUGGAGUUGUCGCUUCGCUGGGACGAUAAGCAACUGUGAUUAGUUAAUUUACUCGUUGCGUUCGCCGUGAACAGACGUGUGCGUCGCAGUCGUGUGUAACCAGUAGUCGAAAGCAAACAAGCAACGAAGAAGUAGAAAAACGAAAUAAACGUGUUUGCCUCGUCGACUAAGAAACAAGUGUUUUGGAGUGGAAGCAAAUUGGACCAACACAGUGCAAAUGUGAACGCCUACGGUUUACCGUUAAACAAAAACGUAAAACAAAUAUAACACGAAUAUUUCAAGUGUCCAGUGACAAGUGUUUGCACGCUAAAAAUAAAUUACUAAAAAUUUUUAAAUAUUGAAAAAGUUCUUAAAAGAAAUAUUUGCUCGCCCAAGUCUCGUAUAUGCUCCAAUGCAAGUGUGACAUUUACUAAAACUUUCCAAUUGUGCAAAAUUAAAAAAAAAAAAUUAUUAAACUCCGCGUAUACCACAACGUCGCUAAGUCGUAGCCAAAAUUGCCACGCUGCUACCAAUGGCCCUAGAGGAUCGCUGCAGUCCGCAAUCUGCUCCAAGUCCACCUGGCCUACCGCAAUCACCGCACCAGCCGCAACGCCUCAGCCAACAACAACAACAAAUACAUCAACUGCAAUAUAGCCCAACUGCCGCCAGCACCGUACUGGACAUGAGUCUGCAUACACAUCCGCCACCACCACCACCGCCACACGUAGCCGCGGCUACUACAUCGCCCACAAUGUUGCCACAUCCUGUAAGCGCAGCCAGCAAUGCCGCCGCUGCGGCCACACUCUAUCACCAACACCAGCAAUUGCAGCAUUUGCACCAUCUACAACAAUUACAACAACUACAUCAGCAGCAAUUGGUGAAUGCCGCCGCUUUCCAUCAUCAUCCCGGUUUCGAUGCGGCUGCCGCGACCGCUUUGGCGGCGGCCAAUCAUGCGGCCACAUUGCAACAGCGCUUGGUGGCCUCACCGGGCGCCACCUCCACACCGUCAUCUACACCCGCUUCGACGAUGACCAUCAAGGAGGAGGAGAAUGAUUCGAUUAUUGGUGAUAGUUUUAAUGGUGAUGCACUUGCUGGCAGCGCACAAAUGCGUGGCAAUACAACGGAAGAUGACGAUGCGGAGGAUGAGGCGGAAGAUGAAGACGACGAUAUCGAUGUGGACGAUGUGGAUGAUGCGACACCGAGUGGCGCCACACAACGCACACCACCGCCCGCACAUCAACAAUCCGCCAAGCCGACACUCGCCUUCUCGAUCUCCAACAUACUUAGCGAUCGCUUUGGUGGCAACGAAGCGGCCAGCCGCAGCGCGAAUGAGUCCCUUGGCGCCGGCGCUGCGUCGAAGCAAACGCACUUGCAUGCGAAUAGCAUAUUUCGUCCUUUCGAUGCCGCACGUUCCGCCACACCAUCUGCCUUUACACGCGUCGAUCUGCUCGAAUUCAGUCGACAGCAACAAGCGGCGGCCGCCGCCGCCACUGCGGCCAUGAUGCUGGAACGCGCCAACUUCUUGAACUGCUUCAAUCCCGCCGCCUAUCCACGUAUCCAUGAAGAGAUCGUCAAUAGCCGCAUGCGACGCAGUGGUGUCUUGCCACCAACCGGUGGUCUGAAAAACGGUGAGUCCGUUACAAACUCUGCUGCCGUCGGCGGAAUGGGCGCUAUGGAAAAGUCUGCUUUAGGCUCACUCUGCAAAGCAGUCUCGCAGAUUGGUCAAACUGUUGCGGCGCCAGCUUGUUCGAGCGCCUCAUCCGCGGCCAGCGCAUCGAGCAUAGCCAGUCCACCACCCGCUUCCAAUGCAUCCAGCGCGUCAUCGUCCACAUCGGCCGGCAGCUCACUCAAUUCGUCGCCCACCAGCCGCAGUUUGCCCAGCAAAAGCAGCAGCCCGCAGCCUAUACCGCCGCCAUCGGCCGUGAGUCGGGACUCCGGCAUGGAGUCGUCCGAUGACACACGCUCCGAAGCGGGCUCCACGACCACGGAUGGUGGCAAGAAUGAAGUGUGGCCGGCGUGGGUAUAUUGUACGCGCUACAGCGAUCGACCAAGCUCCGGUCCACGCUAUCGUCGCCCCAAGCAGCCAAAGGACAAAACCACUGAUGAGAAACGGCCGCGCACCGCCUUCUCCAGCGAACAGUUGGCACGUUUGAAGCGCGAAUUCAAUGAAAAUCGUUACCUCACCGAGCGUCGCCGUCAACAGCUGAGCGCCGAAUUGGGUCUGAAUGAGGCGCAAAUCAAGAUUUGGUUCCAGAAUAAGCGCGCUAAAAUCAAGAAAUCCUCAGGCUCGAAAAAUCCACUCGCGCUGCAGCUGAUGGCACAAGGUCUCUACAAUCACACCACAGUGCCGUUGACGAAAGAAGAGGAGGAGCUUGAGAUGCGCAUGAACGGGCAAAUACCGUAAGCGUCACUCUGAAUAGAGAGAGGAGGAGUGAACUGGAAGGUUGAAGUUGACAGUUGAGAUGCGCAUAUGCUCUGAGCUUCGGGCAUUUCAAAUGUGACGACGCGUGCAAUAAUUAGGGUAGGGAGAGGCAAUUAAUAGUUGCAAAAGCGAUGAGGUGUAAAAUAUAAAGCAAGAAAAUUAAAAAAAUUAAUAAUAAUAAUAAAAGUUUGUUAUGUGAUAUAAAUAUACAGGCAUGUAUAUGAAAAAGCAAACAGUAAUUGAGAAAGCAUAAAAAAAAUUAAAAAAAAAUUCAAAUAUUUUGAAAAAAUUAUGAAAAUAAUAAUAAUAAAAAAAUUUAGAAAACAGUAAAUAAAUAACUUUUGUAAAUAAUAGUUAUAGUUUCUUCUUUACACACAAAAUCCUAUUCUCAAAAACAUAUUUAGACAAAAACCUCUUCAAACACCGCUUAUGCCGCUCUCCCGGCCCACAAAAUGGCAGCACUGGCUGCCUCAUCAAAUCUUGUAAUAAAUUGUAAAUUAUUAUAUUUAUUAAUAUUAGUUAAGUAAAUUUAAUUAAUUAAAUAUUUAGCUGUAAAAUUAUGCGAUUUAUUCAUACACAUUGUAAAUCAGGCAUCCCCCGCCUCCCAAACACCACACAUAUACACGCACACCCACUUUUACCUGCAAUUGUAUUAUAGCAACAUUUUGUUUUUGUCUGCUACAUAGCUUUUAAGUAAAUUAAAUUUAUUUGUUUUUAUUUUUUGCUGUUUUUGUAGUGGUAUUUUUAGUAUAACUUUUAGCAUGCUACACACACAUACAUACAUAAGUUGCGAAUAAUUUAAGCAGCAUAUAAAACUUUAAUGUAAAAACUAUACAUACAUACAUACAUAUAUGUAUGUAAAUAUAAUAUAAAAUUAUAUAUAUGUACAUACUCUUGUUUUCACUAUAGUUUUUAAGUUUACGAAAACGCUGAAAUGUUCACAAUUUUCGCUAGCCGAAGCGUUAAAGUAUUAAUUGCGAACACGCAAAGUUUCAAAUAUGUAAAUUUACUUGUGUAAACAAAAAAUUUAAAAAUUAAUUAUGAAAUAGAGCAAAUAUAUAUAUUUAAAAAUAAUGCAUACGAAUUAAAUUAAAAGCGUU